AUGAACGAGGAUCAGCUUGAGCAACGAGUGAAGGCACUGCUUUCAGAAAGCACGAGACGUCGUGGGUACGGUCCUGCCAGUCUUGGAAGCGCCCUCAAGCUUCUUCAGACAGAAGACGAUUCGAGAUGCUUCAAGCAGCUGCAGAAAGAACACGAGACCCAGGUGCUCAGGAACCUUGUCUUGGAAAGAUUCGGCCAGACACGAGCCCGAGCAACUGCCACGACUCCAGAUCUCAUCAAGAAUUUGAGGCCUGAUGUUCCAGGCUGCUGGCUCGUGUGGCAGCAGAGCAAGGGCACGUACGAAGGAUAUUACCCUCGUGCAGCUGGUCCUCCUGCCAAGAACAAGAAGGGUAAGAAAGUCCAGACACACCAUACGAUAGCAAGAACAUUUGCAAGAACCUACUUGCGUGGCAAAUACAGCCCAUUGGAGGCAUUGGUUCUCGUGGUGAAUGGCUUGUGGAAGAUGCAUGGAAAGGAUGUGUCUGGCCGGCCGACACGUGAGAUGAUCCGAGAGGCCUUCGAGCGGGUGGCAAACGGUGAAGUGGCCAGCAGCGGACAGGACGAGGAACAGCCGCACGUGCGUCCAGUGCCAGAACCACAGAUGGAUUUGGAUGCAACAGAGGCUGCAAAUCAGGAUGAGGCUGGCGAUACGCAUGGCGGUGAGGAGACGGCGGCCAGACCAACAGAGGAUGCGGGUUCUGACACUUCAAGUUCCUCGAGUUCUAGUUCUGACAGCAGCACGUUGAGCAGCGACCCUGAAGAAGCUACAGGCACGAGCAAAGGCAAAGCCCAGCCGAAAAAAAACACCAGCGGCAAGGACAUCCACAGUGCAAAGGCCAAGCCCAAGCAGACUGCCAAAGGAAAAGCAAAAGCCAAGACGAAGACAGGAAAAUCAGCGUUGCCCAAGAGCUCAGCGGCUUCCUCCUCCACAGCGCCGGCGGGUUGCUCGGCUUUGUGUUUGUGUGUCUCUGUGUGCGCUCGCGAGUGUCGCUGA